UGGUAAGGCGGACGGGGCAAGGCAACCUGGGCCGGGUGUAUGCGGCCACCAGGGAGACGCCACUGCCCGGGCGAGGCUGCGGGACGCUGACGGGCUGACAGGCGACCUGCGACCCAGCAGCAUGGAUGCCCCGAGAAGGGACAUGGAGCUACUCAGCAACAGCCUGGCAGCCUAUGCGCACAUCCGAGCUAACCCCGAGAGCUUCGGCCUCUACUUCGUGCUUGGCGUCUGCUUCGGUCUGCUGCUGACCCUAUGCCUGCUGGUCAUCAGCAUCUCCUGCGCGCCUCGCUCGCGGCCCCGGACCCCUGCUCCGCGCCGGGACCCUCGUAGCAGCACCCUAGAGCCGGAAGAUGAGGACGACGACGACGAGGAUGAGGACACCAUGACGAGACUGGGUCCCGAUGACACGCUGCAGGGCCAGGAGCUGUCCACAGAGGCCGAUGGGCCCCUUAGCGUCAAUGUCUUCACGUCCGCAGAGGAGCUAGAGCGGGCACAGCGGCUGGAGGAGCGUGAACGAAUCCUGCGGGAGAUCUGGCGCACAGGGCAGCCAGACCUGCUAGGCAGCGGCACCCUCGGACCCGGAGCCACAGCCACGCUGGGACGAAUGCAUUAUUACUGACUCCCGACCCCGCAGCGUGGGGCCAGAGUACUGGAUAUGGAACUGCCUCAGGGCUUUCAAACUGCCUCUGCCCCAACUCUCUUGGUGCUAUUGGGCGUUGGAUCGCCCGCCUGCUAAGCACUCUUCAUUGGGCAGGUGUGGAUGAGAAAAGAAUGCCACCUCCCAAUAAUGAUAAUAAUGACCAAUGAAAGGUAGUCUCAGCGAA